ACACUGACAGGAGCUGUUUCCUGUUUGUGUCACAUGUAAAGAGAGCCGGUUCAGUCAGGAAGGAAAACAUUUAUAGAGGGCAAAAGUGUCUAUUUCAUCGAGGUAUCAAAAUGGCAUUGCUGUGAAGUUGGUAUGUUUGGCCGAGCAACACAUUUUCGUUUGGAGAAGGUCUGCCCUUUGGCAGACUGUUGCCUUGCUCAGCUCAUCUGCCACACGGAGAGGCUAACAGGGAAGCAGCAUGUCCAGUGGGAAUGAGUCCUGUCUGUUUGAGAACGGCUCCGUCAGCUUCCUCUCCUGCUUGGUUCAUGUGUGGGAGGCUGGGCUCGUGCAGCUCGAAGACUACCUCAGUUUCUUUGAGUAUCUGCUCUGGGUUUUCACACCUCUAGCCAUAGUCUUCAUCCUGCCUUUUCUCAUAGUCAUCCUCCUCUAUCUGUCCAUACUCUUUCUCCAUGUGUACAAGCGUAAGAACCAGUUGAGGGAAGCUUAUUCCAAUAACCUGUGGGAUGGUGCGAGGAAAACUCUGGCAACCCUAUGGGAUGGACAUGGAGCUAUUUGGCACGGUUAUGAAAUCCAUGGUUUAGAAAAGAUUCCAGACGAAGGACCUGCUCUUAUAGUCUACUAUCAUGGAGCUAUUCCUAUAGACUACUAUUAUUUCUUGGCAAGUGUUAUCAUUCAAAAGGGAAGAACUUGUCAUUCGGUGGCUGAUCAUAUUCUGUUCAAGGUCCCAGGGUUUAAGCUCCUCUUGGAGGUGUUUAGUGUGAUCCACGGGCCGCAGGAGGAGUGUGUGAAGGCCCUGCAGAACGGCCACCUCCUGGGCAUCUCUCCUGGAGGAGUUCGGGAGGCCCUGUUCAGUGACGAGACAUACCCUCUACUCUGGGGCAAACGCAAAGGAUUUGCACAAGUGGCCAUUGACUCUAAAGUGCCAGUUAUACCCAUGUUUACUCGAAACCUGAGGGAGGGAUUUCGCUCACUUGGAACAUUAAGAUUUUACCGCUGGGUGUAUGAGAGGUUUCGCCUACCGAUAGCACCCAUUUAUGGAGGAUUUCCAGUCAAAUUUCGCACAUACUUGGGUGACCCCAUUCCAUACGACCCCAAACUCAACGCGGCUGAGUUGGCUGAAAAGGUGCAACAAGCAGUUCAAGCACUUAUCGACAAACACCAGAAGAUACCUGGAAACAUCCUCCGAGCUCUUCUAGAGCGAUUCCAAAGGGAACACAAAGAAGAUUAGACCACUUGCCUUCUCUCAGAUUGAAAAAAUAAAUAUGCUUCAAGCUUAAUUCAUCUGAAUACUAGAGAUUUUAUAAUAUUGUUACAUUAUAAGAUUAGCAACUACGUUACUGACACUAUUGGGACUAUUAGCAUGCACUGCAGUGUUGUAUAUCAAAUAAUGGUGUGUGUCUUUGUAACAUCUGGUUACAUCUGGUCUUGUGCAUUUCAAAGUUUUUUUUAUUUUUUAAUUUACAACUUACUUGCACAUUUUGAUUUUAUUCAAAGGACCACUGCCAAAAUAGUUUCCACAAAGCCUUUGUUUGUGUUGUGUGUGUUUUCUUUUUUUUUUUAUGUCCUUUUAAAAAUAUAACAUUCUGUCCUGGAAAUCGAUAAUAUUUAUCUACCUGAAGGAAAAUUGUGCAUGAUGUGAUUUUUGGGAUUUUGUAAGCACACUUAAUAAUAAUGAUGAGCGAUACAUGCUUGAA